AUGACCUGGCCUACCCGCCAUGCGUUCACCCGCACCCGCGGCACAGGCCGCCUCGAAGCCGCCGAAGAUAAGGAUAACGUCGUUGUCGUCAGUGCCUCGCUCUUCGUCCUGGGCAACGCCAAUGGCAAUGCAGGAGCACAGCCAACCUACAAAGUAGCUUUUGGAACCGAUGGCCAAUGCCUCGCCGAGGUCAAUGCUGCUCGCCUGGCCGCUGGGUUCAGUGCACUCGUACAAGCAGAAGCGAAUACAAACAAUAGGUUGCCCGAUAGUGUCACUGAUCAACCACCAUCAGAUGGAGAGUGGGCUUGGACGCCGGUGUGCAAGCACUUGAUUCCAGAAUCGACAGAACAAAAAGCUUCAAGAACCGGGGCUAAAGCACAGUUCCAGAGCGGCACAUACGCAUACCUUCCGAUUGACGAUCCCGCUUCCGUCGACUGCAAGGCCGUUGUGGAUAAGUGGAAGGAUGCCUACACCAACUUUGAUGGAUUGCCUCCACCUAACAAGGGAGAAGAUAGUCUGUACAAAAAUCAGGAGAACGUAUCUUUCGUGGCCCUGUACAACCCUACAGAGAAAGCUACCGCAGACUGCCGUGUCGUCACCUGCACAAAAACAACGCCUGUUUUGGAAAGUGCCGUAGAGACAGAAAACCAGGGGCAAAGUAAAGAGACCAAAGCCUCGGCCUUGAUAUGCAUGACUGCGCCUGAUGUACUUGCCGACGCAGAGAAGGCUCCUUUCACAGAGGAUCAAUGGGGACAGAUCGUGACCGCUCUCGAAGGCUCUGCCUCGGCCAUUGCACCCGGUGUGGUCGGUUUUGCAUUGGCGAUCGUUGGCCUCAGCAUGCUGUGA